AUGAGCAAGAAGGCGGCUGUGCCAGAUGCAUGGGAGGACGACUGGACUAACAACCCUGUGACCACGGACAAGCCACCCAGUCCCGCGCCAGCACCCAAACUCACCAAGGCAGAAAAGAGAGCACAGCACCAGGAGUUACAGAAGCAGCUAUGGGACUCGGCUGAGAACCCUACGCGGUCAUAUUGGCUCGAGUCGCAAGGGGUGGUACCUAACAAGCACGAGCUGAAGCCACAAAUGAAGUUACUUAGUCGAAAGCCACAGCCGAUGAUCGCUAAGAGAGACCCAGCAACCGGCAUGGCGGAUCUUACCAUUGACGACGGAGAAGACAGCGAGGAAGAACGAAAGAAGAAGGCGGAAGCGGACUUCGAGGAGCGAAAGCGUAAAGCCCAAGGCGAGCGCGAAGAUAAGUUGCGACGAUAUGCUGAGGCGAGGGAGCGCAUCAUGGGCUCGACCAGCACCAGCACACCUGCCACGGGAUCAAGAGAGAGUUCGCAAGGCCGCGACAAUCGGAAAGCGAGAGGCAGGCCAAGCAGCAACAGGAACAGCCAGCCUACUUCUACAGAUCAAUCGCCUGCCAGGAUAAAUCAACAGACUGCUUCAGGACAACCAUUGUUUGACCCUGAGGAUACGAUGAGACGUAGUCCAAUGCCAAAGCCAAACACCCCAACUCUCAAUGGACCAACAAGACAGCCAAGGGCGCCGCCAUCUGAUCAUGCAAGUCGAGGCGGCUUCGGCUUUGCCGGGCGUGAAGGUCGACCAGCCAUAUCGAAUACUUAA